GAGCGGCGGGACCCGGAAGUGGGGUUGCCGGCGGCUGCCCAGGAGCGGGAGCUGCGGCGGGAGCUCGGGCUGUGGGUUCCUUGGGGAGCUAUAACGUGCCUGCUGCAGAGGAGGAGCUGAGUGAACCGGCGUUUCCUCCCUCGUCUUUGGGAAGGUUCCACGUGGUCGGUCCUGCGGGGUGACUACUGUUUGCCCUGCUGCCGGGCCUCCCUACGGAGCUGGGUGCACGAGGUCCUGGGACACUAAGUAGUCAGCAUCGACAGUAGCGUGGAGCUGCAGGAGAGCCGUUUCUCAACUUCUUCAUCGCCGUUUCCUGAACCUGGAGUGUGGAGGCCAAGGGCCCUGUCAGCUGUAAGACAAGAUGAAGACCGUGCUCAUGGUUGCAGAAAAGCCGUCCUUGGCCCAGUCCAUUGCCAAAAUCCUCUCUCGAGGGAGCAUGUCCUCACACAAAGGGCUGAACGGAACAUGCUCAGUGCACGAGUACACCGGGACCUUCGCUGGCCAGGCAGUCCGCUUCAAGAUGACGUCCGUCUGUGGUCAUGUGAUGACCCUGGAUUUCCUGGGAAAGUACAACAAGUGGGACAAGGUGGACCCGGCAGAGCUGUUCAGCCAAGCCCCAACAGAGAAGAAGGAAGCUAACCCCAAGCUGAACAUGGUGAAGUUCCUGCAGGUGGAGGGCAGAGGCUGCGACUACAUCGUGCUGUGGCUGGACUGCGACAAGGAAGGGGAGAACAUCUGCUUCGAGGUCCUGGAUGCCGUGCUGCCUGUUAUGAAUCAGGCCCACGGGGGCGAGAAGACAGUGUUCCGGGCCAGAUUCAGCUCCAUCACGGACACGGACAUCUGCAACGCCAUGGCCCGCCUGGGUGAGCCCGACCACAAUGAGGCCCUCUCAGUGGACGCCCGACAGGAGCUGGACCUGCGCAUUGGCUGCGCCUUCACCAGGUUUCAGACUAAAUAUUUCCAGGGGAAAUAUGGCAACCUAGAUAGCUCCCUCAUCUCGUUUGGGCCAUGUCAAACCCCGACCCUGGGAUUCUGCGUGGAGAGACAUGACAAGAUCCAGUCCUUCAAACCAGAGACCUACUGGGUGCUGCAGGCCAAGGUUAACACCGAUAAAGACAGAUCUCUCCUUUUGGACUGGGACCGCGUGCGAGUGUUCGACCGGGAGAUUGCACAGAUGUUUUUAAACAUGACAAAGCUGGAGAAGGAAGCCCAGGUGGAGGCCACAAGCAGGAAAGAAAAGGCCAAGCAGAGGCCCCUGGCCCUGAACACCGUGGAGAUGCUGCGUGUGGCCAGCUCUUCUCUGGGCAUGGGGCCGCAGCAUGCCAUGCAGACCGCCGAGCGGCUCUACACUCAAGGCUACAUCAGCUACCCACGGACUGAGACCACCCACUACCCCGAGAACUUUGACCUGAAGGGCCCUUUGCGGCAGCAGGCCAACCACCCAGCCUGGGCCGACACGGUGAAGCGGUUGUUAGCAGAAGGUAUCAACCGCCCACGGAAAGGCCAUGAUGCUGGUGACCAUCCCCCCAUCACCCCCAUGAGGUCUGCCACAGAGGCCGAAUUAGGGAGUGAGGCGUGGCGGCUCUACGAGUACAUCACCAGACACUUCAUCGCCACAGUUAGCUAUGACUGCAAGUACCUCCAGAGCAGCAUCUCCUUCAGGAUCGGGCCUGAGCACUUCUGCUGCACAGGGAAGACCGUCAUCUCACCAGGCUUCACGGAGAUCAUGCCCUGGCAGAGCGUGCCCCUGGAGGAGAGCCUUCCCACCUGCCAGAGGGGCGACACCUUCGCUGUGAGCGAGGUGAAGAUGCUGGAGAAGCAGACAAGCCCACCUGACUACCUGACGGAGGCCGAGCUCAUCACACUCAUGGAGAAGCAUGGCAUUGGGACAGAUGCCAGCAUCCCUGUGCACAUCAACAACAUCUGCCAGCGCAAUUACGUCGUCGUGGAGAGCGGGCGCCGGCUCAAGCCCACCAACCUGGGUAUCGUCCUGGUGCACGGCUACUACAAGAUCGACGCAGAGCUGGUGCUCCCCACCAUCCGGAGCGCAGUGGAGAAGCAGUUGAACCUGAUCGCCCAGGGCAAGGCCGACUACCGCCAGGUCCUGGGCCACACCCUGGACGUCUUCAAGAGGAAGUUCCACUACUUCGUGGACUCCAUCGCCGGCAUGGAUGAGUUGAUGGAGGUGUCUUUUUCACCCCUGGCGGCCACAGGCAAGCCGCUCUCCCGCUGCGGGAAGUGCCACCGGUUCAUGAAGUACAUCCAGGCCAAGCCAAGCCGCCUGCAUUGCUCCCACUGCGACGAGACCUACACCCUCCCCCAGAACGGCACCAUCAAACUCUAUAAGGAGCUCCGGUGCCCGCUGGACGACUUUGAGCUGGUCCUAUGGUCAUCGGGCUCCCGGGGCAAGAGCUACCCUCUGUGUCCCUAUUGCUCCAACCACCCGCCCUUCCGAGACAUGAAGAAAGCGUCAGCCCCUGCCUUGCACCAUGCUGGACUCUGAGGGGAUCGCUCCCCCAGCCCUUCCUAUGCUCACUGGCACCGGGAUGGGAGACCCCGGGGAGUACGUGGCACUGCUCAGGCAUCAGCCAGCUUGUCUGCUGCUCUCCAUCCAAGUCCUAACUGGAUAGGCGACUACAGUUGGGAUCUGGGCAGUGUGCAUGCUGUGCCCCCUCCUGGGCUGGGGUGAGUGAAAAAGGAUGCGGCAGGUGAGGGGGUCCCACCUGGAGAGGGGCAUGCCCUCGGGCAGCGUCCACUGGGGUUCUCUGUCCUCGUGCUUUUACUGGAGAAAGGAGAGCACGUAUCCAGGUGGACCCAAGAGCUCCAAGCCGGGAGUCUGAAGGGGGCUCAGGACCCAGCAAACUCACCCUCUGCUGGGCUGUCUCCUGUACACCCCGCACAAGACAGACAAGAAAAGGGUGCAGCAAGAGUGAGGCACCCACCCACGUUCACCAGAGGGCCGGGGAGCCCUCGGCGGGGGGUGGGUCUCAGUCUACCCUUCCUGACUCAAGCCUCACCUAUGGGGCAGGCACAGUCUGCAUCUGGGCUGCCGGGGGCAGUGAGGACCAUCCCUGCCCUCCACAGCUUCCAGGGCAGCCGAUGGCUCCAGGUGGCCCGGUGACAUGAGGGCCAAGUGGAGCUGCCAGUAACAAGCUGUGGAAACAAAGUAAACGGUGGAUAGAAUCAGUGAGAGGCCACCAGGACGGCCUUCUGGAAAUGACCUUAGCCCAGGAGGAGGGGUCCUCAAAGGUUCAGGAGGUUUUAGAUAAGCAGAGAAGGGCCAGUGUGCCCAAGGCCAAGAGAAGCACUUUCUGCUGGGACGAGGGAUCCUGGAGUGUGAGGCCCUGAGAGAAGGCCCAGGGCCAGGGCGGGGCUGCAGCCCGGGGUAGGCGUGCAGGUGUGCAGCAUGGGCCGCCCUCUCCCCACCAGGCAUGGGCUGCAACGAGUGCACGCACCCCACCUGCCAGCACUCGCUGAGCAUGCUGGGCAUUGGCCAGUGCGUGGAGUGUGAGAGUGGGGUGUUGGUGCUGGACCCCACCUCAGGCCCCAAGUGGAAGGUGGCCUGCAACA